AUGGAGACGAGGAGGCGCGGCGGCGGCGGCGGUGGCGCGGGAGUUUGUCAUGGGGUGGUGAUGUACGGCCUAUUGCUGGUGCUGCUGGUCUGUGGCCGCGGGGCCAGCGGGCUGGACGCGGACGGGGAGCUGCUCAUGGCCUUCCGGCGCGCGGUCACCGCCGACCCGCUCGGCGCGCUCCGCAGCUGGAGCUACUCCGACGACUCCGCCUGCGCCUGGAACGGCGUCAUCUGCAACGGCUUCCCGCAGCCCCAGCAGCAGGCCUCCACGGUCAACCUCACCUCCGCCUCCGCCGACGGCAGCGUGAGCGGGAACUUCAGCACGCUCGCCGGUGGCAGGGCGAACGGCACGCUGCUCGGCCUCAACGCGUCGAUGGCCGCGGCCACGGUGUCGCGGGUCAUCGGCCUCGUCCUCCCCGGCGCGCAGCUCUCCGGGUCGCUCCCCGCCGAGCUGGCCCGCGUCGAGCACCUGCGCCACCUCGACCUCUCCGGGAACGCCCUCAACGGGACCCUCCCCGCCGCGCUGCUGCUCAACGCCACCGAGCUCCGCGUGCUCUCGCUCGCCGGAAACGACCUCUCCGGCGCGCUCCCGGACGCGUCCUACGCGCGCGCGCUCCAGGAGCUCAACCUCUCCGACAACGCGCUCGCCGGCUGGCUACCUGCUGCGCUCCUGAGGGCGCCUGGCCUCGCCGUGCUGGGCCUCGCCAACAACUACCUCGCCGGGGAGCUCCCCGCCGGCGGGCUCGGCGGGCUGCAGGUUGUGGACCUCAGCAACAACUACUUCAGGGGGCAACUCCCGGCGGACUUCGGCGGAGCGCAGCUGAGGUUCCUCAACGUGUCGUCCAACAGCCUCACCGGCGCGCUCCCGGCCGAGCUGUCCCACGUCGUGCCGGCCAACACCACGGUGGAUCUGUCCAACAAUAACUUCACCGGCGCGGUCCCACCGGCCGGGCCCUUCGCCGCGCAGCCGGCGGCGGCGUACGAGGGCAACCCGGGGCUGUGCGGCCCGCCGCUGAAGCACGCGUGCUCCAUCCCGUCGUCGCUCUCCAACCCGCCCAACGCCACCGACUCGCCGCCGGCGUUCGCGGCCAUCCCCAAGAGCGCCGCCCGGGCGCCGCCGGGCUCCCCCGAGGCCCAGGCCCCGCGCGGCGGGCAGGGGAAGCUCAAACCUCUGGUGAUCCUCGCCAUCGUGGCCGGUGACCUCGCCGGCGUAGGGCUCCUCUUCAUGCUCUUCAUGUACGUCUACCACAUCAGGAAGAAGCGGCGGCAGCGGCGGGAGGAGAACCCGACGGCGCAGCAGCACAAGGGCAUCGGCGGCGGAGCCAAGGCAUUGAGCGUCGCCGGAGCCAGAGAAGAAAAGACGGCCACGUCGAGGGGAUGCUGCAUUGGCGGCCGCAAGAACGACGGCUCCGACAGCUCGGACUGCUCGGGGUCGUCGUCGGACGCGGCGUCCGACGACGGCGGCGGCGAGGACCCCAAGAAGAGAGCGGGGAGCUACAUCGGCUGGGGCACCCCGCAGCACCACAGCAAGAACAAGCAGGAGCGGCAGCAGCAGCAGGCGCCCGCGCCGGCGACGCUGGUGACGGUGGACGGCGGCGACGGCGAGCUGGAGAUGGAGACGCUGCUCAAGGCGUCGGCCUACAUCCUGGGCGCCACCGGGUCGAGCAUCGUGUACAAGGCCGUGCUCGCGGACGGCACGGCGCUGGCCGUCCGGCGCAUCGGCGAGAGCGGAGGCGCCGACAAGCUCAAGGACUUCGAGGCGCAGGUGCGCGCCGUCGCCCGGUUCCGGCACCCCAACAUCCUCCGGCUCCGGGGCUUCUACUGGGGCGCCGACGAGAAGCUGCUCAUCCACGACUACGCCGCCAACGGCAGCCUCGCCAACAUCGCCUUCACCGGCGGUUCGGCGCGCCGUCGCCGAUGCACCUGA